CAUUCAUUGUUAUCAGUCCUGCGUCUUUUCGAUUCGUCACUUUUUUAUUUUAGGACGAUGAUUGGCUUCAAUAUACUGUUCGCAUGUUUGGCGUUAAUUGUCCUGCAUCCAUCGGUUCAAGCGGGGCGCACUAAAGCAACCUCGAAUGUGCCCUUGCGUCCACCACACUGUGGUUUUAGCAACGUUACACAUACCAGGGUGGUUGGCGGUAAACCAGCUAAGCUUGGUGCUUGGCCAUGGAUCGCUGCAUUAGGUUAUAUUGAUUGCGCUGAUCCAGAUGGAGAACCGUUUUGGGGCUGCGGAGGUUCCCUGAUAUCGGCUAGGCAUGUUUUGACUGCAGCACAUUGCGUAGAAAUUUUUGGAUUGUACGUGGUUCGUAUCGGGGACUUAGAUCUAGGACGAGAUGAUGAUGGAGCGCAUCCUGUUCAAAUAGAAAUCGAAUAUGUACUAGAACAUCCUAAUUAUACUAACGGUACACACCAUGAUGAUAUUGCUAUUCUUAAACUGAAGAAAGAUGUUCCAUUUUCGGAAUAUAUACGUCCUAUUUGUCUCCCCAUAGACCAGCCCUUACGAAAUAACAACUUCGAGGGUUUCCAUCCUUUCGUUGCUGGAUGGGGAGCGGUAGGAUAUGGUGGAAAUUUGAGUGACGCAUUACUGGAAGUACAAGUGCCAGUGAUUAGCAACACCGAAUGCAAGAAAGGUUAUUGGCCAAUUGACAAGCAGCGUAUCACCACAAAAGUAAUAUGCGCCGGCGAGAAAGGAAAGGAUGCUUGUCAAGGUGACAGCGGCGGACCACUGAUAAUACCACAGCAAUUCACCUACUAUCAAAUAGGUAUUUUGUCCAGUGGUCACAGGUGUGGCACUGCUAGAUUUCCCGCCGUUUACACUAGGGUCACGUCGUACUUUGACGACUUCAUUCUGCCAGUGUUGCAAAAUUAUUAGUGUCUCAUAAAUAUAAUUUUUCGUGUACGAGAAGCAAAGCUGGAAUUUAUAAUUGUGGUGAUAACAGCCAGCUCAGACUUAUUGUUUUGUAUGGCACGGAUUAUAGCCUUAACAUGCAUGAAAUGUCACUUUGAAGCGACACUAAUUUUUUAGACACGCUAAAAAUGCACGACAUAGAGAUAUAAAAAUGAUAAACGAACAUUAAUUAAAUUACUAUUUCCGCUCCUUCUUUUUUGAUGGUAAUAAUAAAUCAACUUUCGCAAAGCUUUUAUAAAUCUUAUUUCUGAUGUAUCAAGAGCAUAUUCCACAUAGAACGUUUACUCUUUGUAUGUAUAUGCAAAAUUUCGGACUACUCUGAAACAUUUCAUAAGAUAGAGAGCUUCCAGAAGUUCCAGAAACAAAGAUAAACCUCGCGUCUUUCAAAACUAUUGUUUUCCGUUGAAAAUUUUCUGUCUAUUCCUGAAAUUACGUGAAUCCUCGAAAUUUUACUUAUUCUUUUAUCACUUCCUAAUUAAAUACACUCUUUCUGCAUGUUUAGCUGUAUGUAACAGAAAUUUCCAUUCAGCCAGAGGUAUACUUAUACAUUACAGAUAUUUACAAAACACUUUAAUUCCCAAUCUAUUAUGAUGCAUAAAAAAAUUUAUAAUGUUAAAUCUAUUCGUAUUUUAUUGCGUGUAAGUAUAGAUAUAGUGACGUACAUUAUCUUUGAACGUACAUUACCAUUACUCCGUUGAAUGCUUCAAUAUUGCGCAUAUUUACCACUUUGUAAAAGUACUUUGUAUGAUUCUUCAGAUUAUUAAUCAAAAUGCUGGUGCAUAAAGAAGUGGUACAAUGAUGUGUAGUCUAGUGUCAUUUGUGAAUAUCAAGGAGUCUCCCCUACAUUUGCUCAAAAUUUUAAUGAGAUUGUACCUUGGGAAAAAAGAAUUAAUACCUUGAUAUCAUAUAUACAAUAAAUUUUGGAACAUUAUACAAUGAAGAGUCAAAUUAUCAUGGUCAUGUGAUUGGAAUAAAAGGACCUCAAUUUGAUGAUAUUCUUAGGAAGUUAGAUAAUAUAACUAGGUAUAUGAUAUUCACAAUAAGAUAGAAUACCAUGGUUUACAUGAUCUUAGUAUUGUUCAUUUAAAUGAUCAUGAAAUAGCAACUGUUAAGUUAGACAGCAUAAUAGAUUUUACAAACUAUGUUAACAGCUCUGAUUACAAAUCUGUGGUUACCUCCCCAAGAUUACACAUUUUCUCCAAUUCUGGUAUGUUGCUUCAUCGUACGAGCUAUUAAGUCUAUUUAAAUUAUUAGUAACAGAUUCCUUUUUCUGCAACUCAAAACAAAAAUUCUGAAUCUCAUAUGGAUGAAUGAUGUUAAUAAUUUGUGUCUCUUUUCAGAUUAAACA